AUGUGGAUGCCUCCAGGGCAGAACCAAAGCUGGGUUUCUGAAUUUAUCCUGCUUGGCUUCUCCAGUGACCCCACGACAAACAGGAUCUUCUUCAUUGCCUUCCUUCUCCUUUACCUGAGCUCAGUCCUUGGCAAUGGGCUCAUCGUCACCCUGAUAUGCCUGGAUAUGCAUCUCCACACUCCCAUGUACAUCUUCCUCUGUAUCCUCUCCCUGCUGGAUAUAGGCUCUGUCACCACCACCAUGCCCCUGAUGUUUGUGCAUCUUCUCACUCAAUCUCAGACCAUCUCCUUUGCUGGCUGUUGGCUACAAAUGUAUGUGUUUAGUGCCCUGGGCCUGUGUGAGUGCAUUGUCUUUGUAGUCAUGGCUUAUGACCGAUUCGUGGCCAUCUGUUACCCACUGCGUUAUACUGUGAUCCUUAGCUGGGGCCUGUGCACACGGCUGUCAGCUGGGACCUGUGCCUGUGGUUUCUUCUUCUCUCUGAUCCAUACUUUUCUCACCAUGAGGCUGCCAUACUGUGGGCCCAACAUGGUCAACCACUACUUCUGUGAGGGUCCCUCAGUGCGAAGCUUGGCUUGCAUGGAUACCCACCUCAUUGAGAUGGUGGACUUGGUCAUCAGUGUCUUCAUGGUUGUUGCCCCACUCUCCCUCAUUGUGGCCUCCUACAUCCGUAUUGUCCAGGCCAUUCUCAAGGUCAAGUCCAUACAAGCCUGCUGCAAGGCUUUUUCCACCUGUGCUUCCCAUCUGACCAUGGUCACAUUCUUCUAUGGUCCAGCCACCUACAUCUACAUGAGGCUUAAUUCAAGCUAUUCCCCUGAGCACGACAAGCAUAUUUCACUCUUCUAUAAUGUCUUCACUGCUCUGCUUAACCCUGUGGUCUACAGUGUGAGGAACAAGGAUGUUAAGAGGGCUUUUCUCAAAGUGAUGGGGAGGGGUAGAGGAGCCUGGUGA